AUGAGGAAUGACAACUUUGCUUUAUUCGACGAAGACCCUCUCGGGAGAUCGAUUAAUCUACAAAGCCAUUGCUAUGGAGAAUUUUCCAGUGCUGUUGUUCAAGCCAAUACUACUAUGGAAGAUCAAAGCCAAAUUGAAGUUGCCUCUAACAAUGCACUCUUUCUUGGAAUUUACGAUGGCCAUGGUGGCACCCAAGCUUCCCGGUUCAUCUGUGAACAUCUCUUCAAAAAUCUAUUGAGGUUUGCUAAUGAUAAUGAGAAUGAUAUAACUGAAGCUACCCUGAGAAAUGCUGUUUCUGCUACUGAAGAGGGUUUUUUGGAUUUUGCAAAAAUGAAUUAUAUGCAUCAGCCAAAUCUUGGAUAUGUUGGUUCAUGCUGUCUUGCUGGAAUUAUAUGGAAAGAGACACUACAUGUUGCAAAUCUUGGAGAUUCGCGGGUUGUAAUUGGUACUAUGGUUAAUAAAAAGAUCCGUGCUGAGCAGUUAACAAGAGAUCACAAUUGUAAUGAUGAAGCUAUUAGAGAAGAACUCAGGGCAAUGCAUCCUGAUGAUCCUAACGUUGUGAUAAAUGAUAAUGGAUCGUGGCGUGUUAAAGGCUUCAUUACGGUUAGUAGAGCUAUUGGUGAUGCAUAUCUGAAGAGGUCUGAAUUUACUUUGCGCGAAUCAUUCCCCAAAUUGGAAAUAGUUCCGGAACCCUUUACAAGAGGUGUGCUAUCAGCAGAACCAGAGAUGCAUACUAGAGUUUUAACAGAUAAUGAUCAGUUUAUUAUAUUUGCUUCUGAUGGACUUUGGGAUUUCUUGUCAAAUAAAAAAGCUGCUGAAAUUGUUCGAAAGAAUCCUAGAAAUGGAAUUGCGAAAAGGCUUCUGAGUACCGCUCUAGCGGUAGCUGCUAAAAGAAGGAAGGUUACCUAUAGGAAGAUUCAGGCCGCUGCUACGGGACGCAACAAUGUGAGCCGGAGGUCUUUUCAUGAUGAUAUAAGUGUGAUUGUGGUGUUCUUGGACAAAACGUCGUUUCCGAGGCAGCCUGUACUUAAUUUGUCCUACACAGGCUCAUCUGACAGGCCUGUACAAUCAGAUUUUGCACAAUUUGGAUUAACCACUUCAAGGCUGGAUUCAAUGAGGCAUCGGAGUCUGAAGGAUAUUAUCCAGUUUGAAUCAGGUUCAUCACAUGCAUCUAGCUCUCAAGGCCCUCGGACUCCUCUGGCUCUGAACCCUCAAACCCUUGAGGGCGAGAGUUCUCGGGCUCAGAGCAAUCGGUAG